UCGCGCGGGGAGGGGCGUACCCGUCACGUGACAAGGAAGUGCCGUUAACAGCGACGUCAGGGCGCCCCUGGAUGACGUCAUCCAGGGAGGGCGGGGCGCUUGGGCGGCUGAACUUCAGGUCUCCGGGUCUGAGUGUGACUUUAUUCAGUGAGAGCUCCUGUGUCCCACGCAGAACCAAGUUUCAUCUUCCCAGCUAAAUGACUUGUGUGCCAGUGAUACCAGAAUCCUACAGCCAUGUCCUCGCGGAGUUUGAGUCACUGGACCCACUUCUCACAGCCCUGCGUCUGGAUUCCAGUCGCCUAAAGUGUACCAGCAUAGCUGUGUCUCGGAAAUGGUUGGCAUUAGGCAGUACAGGAGGAGGACUCAAUCUCAUUCAGAAAGAUGGCUGGAGCCACAGGCUUUACCUUGCACACCGGGAAGGUGCACUCUCUCAGAUUGCCUGCUGCCCACAUGAUGACGACUAUGUUGCUGUGGCUACCAGUCAAGGUCUUGUAGUUGUUUGGGAAUUAAAUCAAGAGCGUCGUGGUAAACCAGAACGGAUUCAUGUGUCUUCAGAACACAAAGGCCAAAAAGUUACUGCUCUCUGUUGGGAUACAGCUCUUCUGAGACUUUUUGUAGGUGAUCAUGUGGGCAGAGUAUCUGCCAUCAAACUCAACACGUCUAAACAAGCAAAGGCAGCUGCCGCCUUUGUGAUGUUUCCUGUUCAGACAAUAACAACGGUCGACUCCUGUGUCGUGCAGUUAGAUUUUUUGGACGGAAGAUUGCUUGUGUCUUCGCUUACUCGAUCCUUCUUAUGUGACACUGAGAGGGAAAAGUUUUGGAAAAUUGGAAAUAAGGAAAGAGAUGGAGAAUAUGGGGCUUGUUUCUUCCCAGGAAGAUGUGCUGGGAGCCCGCAGCCUCUGAUCUACUGUGCUCGCCCUGGCUCCAGGAUGUGGGAAGUGAGCUUUGACGGGGAGGUACUGAGUACACACCAGUUCAAGAAACUCCUGUCGAUGCCACCACUCCCUGUGAUCACUCCAAGGUCAGAGCCCCAGUACGAUCACACAGCUGGACCCGCCCAGGCCUUGUUGUUCCCCAAACUCUUGCAUCUUAGCGAGCACUGUGUGGUGACUUGGACAGAAAAGGGAAUUUAUAUUUUCAUUCCUCAGAAUGUUCAAGUUCUCCUUUGGAGUGAAUUCAAGGAUAUUCAGGAUGUAGCUGUCUGCAAGAAUGACUUGUUCUGUUUGCACCUUAAUGGGAAAAUAUCCCAUCUUUCUCUGUUGCCUGUGGAGCGCUGUGUGGAACGCCUACUAAGGAGAGGCCUGUGGGACCUGGCCGCGCGCACGUGCUGCCUCUUCCAGAAUUCUAUCAUUGCCAGUAGAGCAAGAAAAACUUUGACUGCAGAUAAAUUAGAGCAUUUGAAAUCUCAGCUGGACCCUGCAACCUACAGUGAACUCAUUGCUCAAUUGGAUGAAUUGAUCUUAAAAUUUGAACCUUUGGAUUCAGCUUGCAGCAGUAGAAGAAGCUCCAUUUCGUCACAUGAGAGCUUUAGCAUCUUGGACUCUGGUAUCUACCGUAUCAUCAGCAGUAGAAGAGGCAGUCAGUCAGAUGAAGACUCCUGCUCUCUUCACAGCCAAACCUUCUCAGAAGAUGAGAGACUUAAAGAAUUUGCUUCCCAUCAGGAAGAGGACCAGCCAGAGCAGGGCUGCGGCUCAAAUGCAAGCGAAGACAAUACUUCCCAUGGUCCAGUGACACUUGAGACAGACAAGAAUGAGACGUUUCUCCCCUUUGGCCUCCCGCUGCCGUUCCGUGCUCCAUCUCCUCUCCUGUCUCUUCAGGCUGUCAAGGAAAGUGUUUCUAGUUUUGUCCGGAAAACUACUGAGAAGAUUGGCACCUUUCACACAGGCCCUGAGCUGAAAGAGAAACAGGACUCCAAGGAUGAUGGCCUAAAAGAGAAACAGGACUUCAAGGAUGCUGAUCAAGCAUGUGAAGAGGAAGGGGCUGCAGUCCCCUGUCCUCGGGAAGAAGACGCAGAAGGGAAGGAAGUAAGCAGUCAGCCUCCUGAAGAAGACAGGUUCCAAGAACUGGCAGCAGCAACAGCAGAAGCAAUGACAAAGUUACUGGAUCCUCUGGUUUUAUUUGAACCCGAGUCUCUAAGAAUGGUUUUGCAGAAGUGGCUUUUGCAGUUAGAAAAAGCGUUUGCUAUGAAGGACAUGGCAGGCAUUUCCAGUACUGGCAGUUCACCCACGAAGUUGAACCGGGAUGUGCCUCUACUUAGUGAAUCAGAAAAGAGAAUACUAGAUGAUGAUAAUGAAGAGGAAAAGAGGGACUCUUUAGGCAUUGAAGGAACUGGUGUUCAGAUGGCCUGCGAAUCUGAAAACAGCCUGACAGAGCCCCUGGGCGACCUCUUUCAAGUAUAUUCUCCAUACACCAUGGCAAGCAGUCUUCAGAAGGACCUGGUGGAAUUGGCAACGUUGUGCUUGGAACUGAAUGUGCUGAAUUCUACAGUGAAAAGCCUAGGCGGACACGCGGACCUUACUGCACAGCCGAGCUCUCCUGAAAUCAUGGCUUGUCAGUUCCUGAAGAAGUACUUUUUUCUCUUGGACCUGAAAAGAGCAAAGGAGAGUAUCAAGCUUGGUUACACUGACAGCCCUUGUGUUUGGGAUACUUUUGUUCGAGGACUGAGAGAAAUGGCAAGUUCCAAUCCCAUGUACCAGGAGGUGGAGGAAGGAGACCUACCGACGAGAUUAAAGUUACUAGAGGGGUCGGUUCCUUCUGAUAGUCCUUUGUUGAUUGCUUAUGCUACCCGGUUGUAUGAGAAGUUUGGGGAGUCUGCCCUUCGAUCCUUCAUCAGGUUUUAUCCAUCCAUCUCGCCUUCUGACAUCAUGCAGCUUUGCCGUCAAUGUCCUGCACAGUUUUUGGCCUAUCUAGACAGUCUUGUGAAAUCAAGGCCUGAAGAUCAGGGGCCAUCCUUCCUUGAGUUCCUUCUGCAGCCGGAGUCUUUAAGACUGGACUGGCUGCUUUUGGCAGUGUCCCAUGAUGCUCCACCAAGCACACUCACUGUGGAUGAUGAAGGACACCCCAGGCCUCAUUCCCAUUUGCUUUCCUGGGGUUACAGUCAGCUGAUUCUUCUUCUGAUUAAACUUCCUGCAGAUUUUACAACCAAAGAGAAAAUGACUGACAUCUGUAGGUCUUGUGGUUUCUGGCCUGGAUAUCUCACACUUUGCCUGGAGCUGGAGAGGAGAAGGGAAGCCUUCACCAACAUCCUGUACCUGAAUGACAUGAGCCUGAUGGAAGGGGACAGUGGGUGGAUUCCAGAGACUGUGGAGGAAUGGAAGCUUCUCCUACAUCUCCUGCAGAACAGGAGCACAAGGCCAGGGCCCCAGGAGUCACUAAAUGUGAGCCUCAGUGAUGGGCCUGCCCCCAUCACUGUGGAAAAUGUGGCACUCCUGUUAGCUAAGGCCAUGGGUCCAGACCGGGCCUGGUCACUGCUGCAGGAAUGUGGACUCACCUCUGAAGUAUCAAUGAAGUUUACCAGAACCUGUGAUAUGCUGAGGAUCGCGGAGAAAAGGCAGAGAGCGUUGAUACAAAGCAUGCUUGAAAAAUGUGAUCGGUUUCUCUGGUCACAGCAGGCCUAGUGGAAAUCUUGGCAGGACCUAAUAGCAUUUUGACAGACUGGAACUGUACUCCGGAAUCUUGAGAAUGAGUUUGCUGCUGAAGGAAAGGCGCCACUCAGACCAUGCACACGCUGGACCUGCUGUUCCAGGGUCUGCACUGAGGCAGUCAACAUCUGUGGCUCUGUGACCUCAGCAUUUCUCAACCGAAGUUGGACUUUGGAAGGAGUCAGUGUUCGUUUGCUGGGACCAGAACGCUGCUGUUCUCAGCCAUGUGGUAUUUAUUGUGUGCACAGUGUUGUUUCCUCUCCAUAGUCGAUCAGGGCAUUGUAUCCGGGAAUUGUUUUCCGCCGUGGCUCUCUGUUGGGAGCAGAAGCUCUGUUACAUGAAGAUAGUAACGUUAUUGACUGGAGUUCAGUUCUUUCUACAUCUUGUCUGAGGCAGUCUAGAAAUUGCUGGAAGGACCGGGAAUAAUGGUAUCGACAUAUAAUAAAUGUUGAAGAUUCAAAUUAGAUCUUUAAGUAUAAUAUAAAUAUCAAAGUUGAACUAAUUUAAAGCAUUUUUUAUUUAUUUGAUGUCUUUUAAUCUGAAUCUAUGUACAUUGACCAAUCACUGCAAAUAUGUUAUCUGUAAUCUUUUCUAAAGUGAAUAACCCAAGAGAGUCGUGCACCUUAAAAAUUACUUUUAAAAAGCCAUAGUAAGAGAAAGCCAAGGACUAAUAAAGAUUGUAACAACUGAUUGUGUCAUUUA